AUGCUUCUAGGAUUUGACAUGGAAAGCUUCAAAUACAAGAACUCGAGCUUCUGUUUCGUUGAAGUGGGCGGGCAGUAUCGGUAUAAGAUGGUACCGUUAUGGAAACAUUAUUGUGCAGAGGCAUCAGGGCUUGUGUAUGUAGUCGAUAGCAAGGACAUAGAGCGAAUGGAAGAGGCAAAGAGUUUCCUUUACAUGGUGAUGGAUGAGGGGAAGGUACCGGACAAUAUGGCUGUUCUUGUUUAUGCAAACAAGCAUGAGAUUCCUGGUGCCAUGUCUGCUUCUGAGAUCAGUAACGAACUCGAUCUCACUUCUCUUCGUCAGAAAAACUGGCAAAGAAACUGGCAUGUCCAGAACUCAUGUGCACUAAGUGGUGACGGUUUACAUGAAGGACUCGACUGGCUCCUGAAAAAUGCUGAAAGGAUGUAG